AUGUCAUUGACCUCAUUUCAGACCAUCACUGAAACUUCAACUAUUUGUUCCUCGCGAUGGAAAAAAAAUACAGCAGCAGCUUCAUUAACGAUAAUACCUCAAGACGAAUCUCGAUUCAAAGGAAAGCUGCUCGCUCCCGAAACCCGAAAUGAAAAUCUAGAAGAGCCCAUCGGUGGAGUCGGUGGUCACCUGUCCUACAUCAUCAGUCAAGACCGACCAGCAUCUGGCACAGAUACUAACCGAAAGCACAAGGAGCCGUCUAAGGGCGAGGGUCCACAACACAACACUCACACAGCGCGUCGGUGCCGCUUGCGCGUGCUCGUGACGCGCACCAUGGCCGUGCUCGAUCGUCAGCUAUCGACCGUGCGCCGGCCCGCGCCGCCCAGCGACUGA